UUUUUACAUGUGUAUAUAUAUAUGUUUUGCCUCUAAUUGGGUUUGGGAUUUAAUGGUUGUGCUUUCAGGACUUUUUGAACAUGUUCUUUAAGGAUGUUUACAAGCCUAUCCCACCAAUUUACAACCUUGUUUUGGCUAUGUUGUGGCGCCACCCAGAGAACAUUGAACUUGAUAAAGUGAAAGUAGUUCACUACUGUGCUGCGGGAUCGAAGCCAUGGAGGUAUACUGGGAAAGAAGAGAACAUGGAUAGAGAAGACAUCAUAAUGCUAGUAAAGAAGUGGUGGGACAUAUACAAUGAUGAGUCAUUGGAUUACAAGACUAACAUAUCACUCAUUGAAGGGGUGGCACUGUCGGAGACCAGUGUUGGUCAUUACACGCCCGCUCCAUCCGCUGCUUAGCUUUAUUUUUGGAGGGGCUAAAGUGAAGAACCGCAUUCAUAGCUAAUCCUGUUUUUUAGUUCUUUAAUUUUUUAAAUGUGUAUAGGCUUUUUAAAGUUAUGAAGGAUGGUCUUACUUAAAGUGGAAGAUGAUGUAAUUAGGAAAAAUAGAUAUUGCUUUUGUUUUUGUUUAACUUGUAUUUUAUUGGGUAUGUGAAUAUUGGAAAUGUAUAAUUGCACUUAUACAUUUUCAUUGUUAACAAAGGUGGAAUCCAUGGUGCUCUGUAUCUCAUUUAGAUUU